UGUUCAAAACCCAGGUAGGAAGAUGUUAGUUCUUUCCCUGUUUCUGAAACCAUGCAAAUUAGUUGACGACUCUGCUUUCCCUUCUGCCAACACAAAACCUUAAAAACAAAUUUCUCAACGAGAUUCUGGGACAUUUACCCAGCUCUCCCUUGAGGGAAUAAGCCCAAGCAACGCAGGGGUUAACUUUUCUGAAAACACAAUUAACUUUUUCCUAUCCUGCGUGGGGUGGUGGUGAUUGGGGGGGGAUAUAUUUAUGUAAUCACAGGGGAAUGGGGUGGUCUCAAUCCAAAUGCUCCCUCCUUCCUCAAAGGCACAGAUGCGUCUUUCGCAGAUCCUGCGUAGGUAGAGCAGGACGUGUCGUGCUGUUGGGGAGAGAGAGGGAGAGGGAGAGCGAGGGAGAGAAAAGGGAAGGAGAAGAAGGAGGGGAAAAAAAAGGUUGAUAGGUUUGUGCGCGGGUCCCUCGUGCGGGCUGCGCUCCUCCUGGGUGCUAUUUGACAAUUCCUGCCUCUGCCAUUGGUCAGUGUUGGAUCAGAUGGUUGUAUUUCCUUCUGGCCCUCACUGGCACCUCGCCAUCCCCCCUCAGCUAAAACCCAAUCUCGGAUAUACUACUAAUAGGCGCGGCGCUCGGACUAUAAAACACAACAAAUCAUAAACCCGGCGGAGCAGCAGCGGCCGCGCGCGCCUCCCCUCCCAAUGAGUUCCUAUUUCGUGAACUCCACCUUCCCCGUCACUCUGGCCAGCGGGCAGGAGUCCUUCUUGGGCCAGCUACCGCUCUACUCAUCGGGCUAUGCGGACCCGCUGAGGCACUACCCCGCGCCCUAUGGGCCGGGACCCGGCCAGGACAAGGCCUUUACCGCUUCUUCCUAUUACCCACCGGCUGGUGGAGGCUAUGGCCGAGCGGCGCCCUGCGAUUACGGGCCGGCGCCGGCCUUCUACCGCGAGAAGGAGUCGGCCUGCGCGCUCUCGGGCGCCGAGGAGCCGCCCCCGUUCCACCCCGAGCCGCGGAAGUCGGACUGCGCGCAGGACAAGAGCGUGUUCGGCGACACCGACGAGCAAAAGUGCUCCACUCCCGUCUACCCGUGGAUGCAGCGGAUGAAUUCGUGCAACAGUUCCUCCUUCGGACCCAGUGGUCGGCGAGGCCGCCAGACCUACACUCGUUACCAGACUCUGGAACUGGAGAAGGAAUUUCACUACAAUCGCUACCUGACCCGGCGGCGCCGCAUCGAGAUCGCUCACGCGCUCUGCCUGACCGAGCGGCAGAUCAAGAUCUGGUUCCAGAACCGGCGCAUGAAGUGGAAAAAGGAGAGCAAACUUCUCAGCGCGUCUCAGCUCAGUGCCGAGGAGGAGGAAGAAAAACCAGCCGAGUGAAGGUGCCAGGAAAGGGAGGGGGGACGCGAAGGGAGAGGCCUGUGGGGGAAUCGAGAGCGCCUGAGAGCCGAGAGAAAGCUCUGCGGGCGCGGGAGCCUGGGGACCUGCUCUCCAGCGCUAGACAGGCGGGGUCCAGCGCUCUCCUGGACGACCCCGCCCGCAGAGGUCUCCCGGGGGCUCUCAGGCCGCAGCGCCGACCCCACCCAGCACCCCAGCGCCUCCUCCCUCCCCAAGGAAUCCGCCUGGGCCAGAUCAGGCUCCCUGGUGAGAACUGAGGAGCGGACUCACUUGAUGUUUUCCUGGAAGCAAAGCAAAAGGCUCUUUUCCAUGUCGAGUCUAUUUCGUCCAUGUCCCCCUGUGCACGGUUCAAUGGUAGAUUCGCUGUCCCUCAGCAGGGCUGUCGAAGACACCCUGACCCCAGACUUGUCUCUCCCAACCCCUCCCCAAAGCCACUGGAAGGAGCACAUACUACCUAGAAGUAAGAAGAGGAGCCUCAGAAGAAAACAAAGUUCUAUUUUAUUAAUUUUCUAUGUGUUGUGUUUGUAAGUCUUGUCUUAGCUCUGGACGUGAAAUACUUCGGUAAUAAUAUUAAUAUUAUUAAUAAUGAUAAUAACAAUAAAAACGUGAAAACUCGCCGCUCAGUCACCUC